AUGAAUCGAGGAAGCAUCCCGGGAUAUUACUUCGAUGAAGAGAAGAAGAAAUACUUUAAGAUACAACCCAAUCACAAAGCGCCGGCCAACGCGAAGUAUUCAAAGUCGAACGCCACCAGAGAACAGAAGGAAUCGAAGCGGCGGAGAAUUGAGGACCACAAAAGACAAGUUCUGCACAGCCAGACUGUAGUUCGAUCUCGCCUUCAGGAUGAUCCACUUAUUGGAGGAACUGGACUUUUGCGCGAGCAUGGAAGUCUUCCAUAUUCAACUUUUGCUGGCCAGCAAGGCUUGGCCGUCACGCAAGGCCUCGGAGGCAGUGUUGUCUGUCGAAUCAACUUCCCGGGCAUGGAUCGAGCACUCUUUGACAUCCACCAUUUCCGGGGACACACCGCAACGACCGUAGCCCACGAUAACUACGCCUCGAUCUGUAUCUAUCAACGAUACCAAAAACAGACUAUUAAAGAGAGCAUAGUGACCGAACAGCUCAGCCGUAGCGCCGUGCUUGCUUUCGAUGAACGUCCAGUGAGCACCUGCACCACGGUCAUCGCCGAAACACCGUUCAUCGUGGGGUGCUCAUCCGGGUUUGAAACCGCGACGCUCUGGUACACGAACGUUAUUGACGCCGAUGCCCAAUCUUUUAGCUGGGGAGUACCGAGUCUGAUCACCGACUGUGCGAUGAACCAGAAAACACACGACUAUGCCUUCUCAGGAGCCAGUCUUGUGGCGGUGAGAAGUGUGUUGGAUCAAACGAAGGAGUGCGGGUUCAGAUUGCCGCAAAACGUAGAAGGAUCUGCGGUGGAGUGGAUUGAUGCAAACAUCGUUGCCUUUGGGAGCUCAAGGAGUGUGUACGGCAAGAAGCAGAAAGUCACUCGCGAUCAUGCGCUCAUGCUAUGGGACAUUCGGGUCAAUCCAGAUAAGGGCGCAAACGGGACGGCUCCCAGACUGGCAAGUCGGCGGCGUAUCACUGGCAUUGAGCGGCCGGAUGACAGUGGGAACAAUGUGGUUGUCACUACGAACCACUCCAUCGACCUACACGAUCUUCGCAACCUGAGAAAAGACCAGCCGGUCCUUUCUUUCGAUCAUCAGUCAGAAGGCAUGAAGACGUAUACGUCGACCUAUAAUGGCGACUUGCUGGCGGCGAUCGAUGAGCGACAACAUGUGAAGGUUUACUCACUCCGAAGUGGCAAACUUUUGAGAACUCUCGCAAAUCAGCGCUCUGGUCUGAUGCGGAAUGUGCGAUGGUUCGAAGACGAGCAUAACUCGCCCAGUCUUCAGGCAUGCUGUGGAGAUGCUGUGCAGAUCUGGGGUCAGGUCGAACCUUGGACGGAGGCUGACUGA